UUACAGCUUCAAGUUCUUGCAAACUUCCACAUUCACAUCUGCACGCCGCACGACACUCUCUGUCGGUCAGCAUGAAUUAUCCACUGGUGAUUCUGUUUUGUGUGGGACUUCUACACCAGACUGCGAGGGCCGUCCGUAUGGAUAAACUAGCAGACAACAAGAUUUGUGGAGAUGCAGAAUGCUCAUAUGUUCUCUCGAUGGCCACAGCCCUGGAUGACUUCAUAGCUCCUGACUGCAGAUUCAUCAACAUCAAGAAGGGUCAGGUGGUCUAUGUGUAUUCUAAACUCGUACCAGAGGAGGGCGCCGGAGUCUUCUGGUCUGGAAGUGUGUAUAGUGAGCGGUAUGUGCACCAGAUGGGCAUCAUUGGAUACUUCCCUGCAACGAUGGUGAAGGAGACACACAAGUUUGCAGAAGACACAGUUUUGAUUCCCACAACUAGCACUGACUUCUACUGUGAUUAAGACGUGACAGACUGAAACCUCUUUCUUUUCAACUCUUGCUUUAUAGUAACUCUGGCUUUUAUAAAGGAGAGUAGUCUAAGAGUAGUGUAUCACACUAUGUCCCAUUACAUCCCGUGGUGUCGUCUCCAACUGGAAGGAAAAUCCAGAUGCCCUCAGCCCUCCAUAGACCCAUAGUUUGACACCUAUAUAUUUUGCUUUGUCUUAACAUGCCACUUUGCUCAAUAAACCCUUUUUCAUGUCAA